CGUUGGAGGAGCGGCGCCAGGCAGAUGAGGAGAUUGAGAAGAAUGGGUGCCAGGAGGACCUUCUGGCCUCCAUCCCCCAAAACAAUCUGCAACUGGAGCAGCUCCCCGCCAGCAUCCGCGACCUCCACGACGGAAUGCCCCCCCAACUCAGCAAGGCCCCCAUGCGGCUGCUCUCCCUGGAUGUUGUCCUGACCUGGCCCAACAUCCGCGUCUACGAGGAAGUCGAUGUCGCCACGGAAGCCCUGGAGGUGCCGUACGCUGACGUCGACGCCGACACCUGGAACACUACCAUCAUCCUCAGCUGGCGCUGGAGCGCCGUCAAACCCACCGAGUACACCCCGGGCUUUGCACCCAUGUCCGAGGUGCAAUUCGCGGAGCUGACUGCCACACUGCGCCGUGCACAGGACCGGGGCAUGCAGUAUGUGUGGAUAGACUGGAGCUGCGUGCCCCAGUACAACUCCUCUCCCAUGGUGGAGGUGCUGCGCUCCAAGGUGUUUUAUGCGCGCGCACGUGCCAUGAUCGUAUUGCCGACAUUCGUUCGCAUCCCAGCUGACGGUGUGGUGCGGUUGCUGCUGACCAAAGCCAUGCGCGUCGUACGCAGCCGCGUCAUGACCUCGCCGCGAUGGGGCAUCCUGCUGAAAUUGCUGGAAAGCAUCCAGGCCAAGGAGACUGUCGCGGGUCGGGAGUACUUCACCCGCGUGUGGACGUUGGCGGAGCGCAUGGCGCGGUUUGGGCGGCCUGAGAGGUUGUGUCACUGGCUGUCGCUUGAGAGCUGGCUGGGCAUGGUGGUAGAUGCGAUGUUGCGGAGCACUGAGGACCGCAGUGCGAGUGAGAUGUACAAAAGGAUGUUGGGCGCCGAGGCGGGCCGGCGGCUGGAUGCGUUGCUAGACCCGCUGGAGGCCACUGUCAAGACUGGCAGCAUGCACGUCUCAGAGGGGCUGGAGGAGCAACUGGCAGAUCUGUUCGAUUUGACGGUGGGAAUCUGGCACACUAACAAGGAGCUGGCGGAGGCGCCCACUAAGGACUGGCUGGUGUCGUACCUUCUUGACGCACACACGGGCAUCUACCAGGCUUGGUCGGAGGCGGAUCGAGUGUGGUCGGUUUACAGUUAUUUCUGUUGGAAGCAGCUGGACCAGCGCAGCGAGGCGGGGCUGCUGGAGGCUGUUCAGGACCUGGUUCGUGUGGCGGGGGGCAGCAGGCGCCUGUUGAUGGCUAUGGCCACCAAAUUGGGCCUGGCGUCGAAACUGCCGCCAGCUGAGGCGGACAAGAAGCUGGUGGCGGGGGCUAAAGCAGGCAAAUGGGCUGAGGUGGCGGCCGCGCUCAAGAAGGGCGCUUUCCCAGAUUACCCCGGGACGGUGAGUGCAGGGGGGAGUGAGAUGCGGAUUGAGGGUGAGGUGGAGGCGGAGGUAUAUUUGGUUGUGUGUGUCGUCAUAUUUCAGGGCGGCAGUACCGCACUCUACAUUGCGGCAGAGAAGGGCAACCUGGACGCCGUCAAGAUGCUCAUCAAGUGUGGCGCGACUGUUGACAAACCCAACUUGGAGAACGAGAACUUAACACCCCUGCACAUCGCGGCGGAUUGGGGGCAUGUGGCAACCAUACGGUUGCUGGCCAAGGCGGGAGCCGACGUUAAUGUGCCAGGAUCGGUGAGUCCGCCACCGGGGUUUGGGGUUGGAGCAGAGAGGAGGCAAAAGAGGGGUAUUAAGGGGCUGCCUGGUCCAGCCCCACACCGUGUCGACGGUUGCAGAUUCUAUCAAAAGUCCUGCGGGGCUGGCAUCACUUUCCCGUUAGACGCCUAG